CGCCCCGGGGCUGUCGCCGGGCCAUGGCCGCGGCGGGGACAGAGCUGCCCGGCGGCAACGCCAGCGCCAACCAGAGCGCCGCCGAGCCCACGGUGUCGCGGGACGUGUGGAUGGUGGGCAUGGGCAUCCUGAUGUCGGUGAUCGUGCUGGCCAUCGUCUUCGGCAACGUGCUGGUGAUCACGGCCAUCGCCCGCUUCCAGCGCCUGCAGACCGUCACCAACUACUUCAUCACCUCGCUGGCCUGUGCCGACCUGGUCAUGGGGCUGGCCGUGGUGCCCUUCGGCGCCUGCCACAUCAUCAUGGAGAUGUGGAAGUUCGGGAACUUCUGGUGCGAGUUCUGGACCUCUUUGGACGUGCUGUGUGUCACGGCCAGCAUCGAGACCCUGUGCGUCAUCGCCGUGGACCGGUACUUCGCCAUCACCUCCCCGUUCAAGUACCAGAGCCUGCUGACCAAGGGCAAGGCGCGCGUGGUGGUCCUGGUGGUGUGGGUGGUGUCGGGCCUGACCUCCUUCCUGCCCAUCCAGAUGCACUGGUACCGGGCAGAGCACGAGGACGCCGUCCGCUGCUACGAGAACGAGAUGUGCUGUGACUUCUUCACCAACCAAGCCUACGCCAUCGCCUCCUCCAUCAUCUCCUUCUACGUGCCCCUCGUCGUCAUGGUCUUCGUGUACGCCAGGGUGUUCCAGGUGGCCAAGAAGCAGCUGCAGAAGAUAGACAGGAGCGAGGGGAGGUUUCACACCCAGAACAAGGAGCAGGAGCAGAAAGGGGGAGCCGGGCACCGCCGCUCCUCCAAGUUCUUCUUGAAGGAGCACAAGGCCCUCAAAACCCUGGGCAUCAUCAUGGGCACCUUCACGCUGUGCUGGCUGCCCUUCUUCAUCGUCAACAUCGUGCACGUCAUCCAGGACAACAUCAUUCCCAAGUACGUGUACAUCCUCUUGAACUGGCUGGGCUACGUCAACUCUGCCUUCAACCCCCUGAUCUACUGCCGGAGCCCCGACUUCAGGUACGCCUUCCAGGAGCUGCUGUGCCUGCGCAGGUCCGCCCUCAAGAUGUACGCCAACGGCUACUCCAACAGCAACGGCAGGAGCGACUACAACGAGGAGGACAACGGCUACCCCCUGGCCGCGGACAGAACCUGCCACCUGCUCUGCGAGGAGGGCUCCUUCCCUCGCCCCGAGGACUUUUUGCACGGCAAAGAGAUCCCUGGAUGCCCAGGAAUGGUGGAGAGCUGAACGAUCCAGCCUCUGUUCCUCACCGCCCUGAGCUCAUGAGGGCUCUGGAGAGAUGGAGUGGGAGCACGGCCUCGCUUCCCUGAGCCGGGGGAUGCUGCGGGAAGCGAUUGCCUUGGCAGAGGUCCUCAUCCCAACCCAUCGCCCACCCUGCAGCACCUCCAGGAGAAGCUGGGGAAGGACAACCAAGGGACCAGGAGAGGCUCUGGGAGCCUCGGAGGACACCGGGGAAGGAGCUACAGGAGCUGAAGGAGGGGAUGGCCAAACCAGGACAAAACCUGCUGAGGGUGGGGGUUUUUUCCCUUGGAAAUCCCUUUCCAAAAGGGAGCAGCAGGCCCACGUGGGGUGUCCAGCUGGUUUGGAAGAGGCACAGCCAGGUCAGUGCCUCACAGCCAGGUCAGGAGCCCAGCUCCAGGCAGCCUGUCCACCUGCUGGGUGGGGAUCCAGGUGAAACUGUCCAAGGAGUCCAGGAACCUGUCCAAGACCAAGAGAGAGGAGCACGGGAGAUUCCUUCGAUUUAUUCUGUGCCUGUUUCUCCUUCUGGUGUCUUCUCUGUCUACCUCUUCUUCUCUAGAGAGCAUGGGGGGCCCUGACUGCCACCAAGGAGCAGAAGGAUUGGCACGGGGCAGGAAUGUGGCCUUUGUUCCUUGCUCCAAAAAAACAAUCUCCAACUGUCCCACCUGGGCCUGGGCCGUUGGAAAGGCUGGGACCUGGCAAUCCUUUUCCUUGCAGGAAGUCACAUUUCAGCAGGACCGGCCACCCUUGGGAGCCAGGAUCUCCCACCUGAGGCUGAAACCACGGCAGGACAUCCAUCCCUCUCCUGCAGCUGUGGGAAGGAGCACGCUGAGCUCCUGACUUUGGAUCGUGGAAAACUCAUUAAGCGGAGAGGGAGAUGGAGGGACUGACAGUCUCAGGCAGAGAACAGCAUUAAAAACUGACUGAAAACCGUGAAAAACCUGCACCUUGGACUGGCAGGGGGUGGCCCAGCUGCGGCUCUGUGCUCACUGAGCUGCCCCCAGACCCGGGCAGGACGUGCUGGUACUGAACUGUGGAGCCCCAUCUCAGACCUUCCCUCUCGGGCUUCCAGCUGCAAAACCUUUCCCUCAAGUGCAAUCCUAUUUAUUUAUUUAUUGUCUCGCUGCUUGAUGUGAAGCUGCUAAAGGACCCAGGCGUGUGUGAGGGCGCUGAGCAGAGGGGCAGGACACGGGGACACCUCCCAGCGCACCAGGAGAAGGCGGUGGGGGCAUUGGGCUUGGUGGGCUUGAGGGUUCCUUCCAACCGAAACCACUCUGUGAGAUCUGAAAAGGAUCCAGAAGCGUCCAAGGACGGCUGGAUGGAGCUCUGAGCAGCCUGGGACAGUGGAAGGUGUCCCUGCCCAUGGCAGGGGGUGGAACUGGAUGAGCUUUAAGGUCCUUCCAUUCUAGGAUUCUAUGGACAGGGAGUGGGCACACGAGGGAGGAGGAGAAGCUGAGACCAGGACUGCUGUCCCUGGGGUGAGGAUGCAAUCUGGAUCUCCCAGGGACUAAGAGCAAGCCGGGCAGGGCUUUGUUGGGAAGGACAGAGGCUGCAGGAGCUCGGCAGUGCCCCUCUCUCCUGAUUUUCUUUCUGCAGGGCCAUGUCCCUGUGAGAAUUGCUCACCUGGGGGGGGCUCUCAGGUCUCCUGCAGCUCUCCCACAGCUUUCAGGACACCCUGAAAUCCCUUGGCACAGCUCCCAGCUGCCCUGGGACAACCUGAUUUCUCCCUUCCCUCUGAAGACCCUCGCCGAGGCUGUGUCCAAACCUGCUGAAGGGAGAUACUUCCCAACAAAAUCCUGCUCCUCAGACGAUUCCUGGCCGGCUCCAGCCCCUCGUUCUGUACUGGAAACGCCAUCCUCGGGACUGUUUGCAGGCCAGGGCCGUGCAUGGGGCCGUGGCAGCUCUUCCUCCCCGGGCCCUGAUGUGCACGAGCAGGCACAGGGAGAGGGAGGGACGAACUUGCUGCAGUCGUUGGCCAGCCCAAAAGCAGAGACCUGCCGAUUGCUGCCCUGCAGAGCUGUGCAAACCCCCCGCCUGCGACCCUCCAGCCUUGAUCCACGCAUUCCCUUCACUGCUGGAUCUAUCUCUAAGAGCCCUGACCCCGGGAUUGCUGUGCUGUCCCCCGGGAGGUGGCUCCGUGCUCCACAGCAGGAGCUGCUGGGAGUUUUCCCGCCUGCGUUUUCUCCUGGAAACUUCAUUCCGUUUUCCCCCUCGUGCUGCUCCUCCAGCGCCCGCUGUUCGCGUUGUCCUGCCGCUUGAGCAGCGCUCCCCUUCCCCUUCCACCAGCCUCCCCGGCUGCUGCUGCUCCCUGUCCUUCCUUCAUCCGUGAGCCUGCCAGGGAUCCAGACCCGGCCCUGGAGCAGCCUCUGGCAGUGCCCAGCAGCUGCUCCCCCCUCAUCUGGGGUGCAGGGAAGGGGCAAACAGAGCCAAGAAGGAUCAGUGUUGGCACGGAGCACUCAGAUCCCAAAAUAUAGGGAAGAAAUCCUUCCCUGUGAGGGUGGGGAGGCCCUGGAGUGGAUUUCCCAGAGAAGCCGUGGCUGCCCCAUCCCUGGAAGUGUCCAAGAGCAGGCUGGAUGGGGCUUGGAGCCGCCUGGGAUGUUGGAAGGUGUCCCUGCCCGUGGCAGGGGUGGGAAUGAAAUGAUCUUGAAGUCCCCCCCAACCCACUCCGUGACCCCGUGAUGAGCAAUCCCUCCUAAGGACAAGUGCACGGCCAAGGUCCAGCUCAGCAAAACCCAGCCUGAGCUCCAGCAUUCCCUGUGGAGACGCACUGGGAACCUGUGGGGAACGGGGAACCGGGAAUUCCUGCCUGGGAAUGGCAUCCUGGGGCCGGAGCUGCAGCUCUGCCCGGCAGGAGAGCUGCAGGGAGCGGGGAGCGGGCGUGGGGAGCUCCGUGCGCCGCGGGGAGGGACACGGCUCUGUUCUCCUCACCGAACAAACU